UAGCCAUGGUCACAACUACAAAGAGAACAUUCACCCGUAACCUUCAAUCGACUACUGUUGCUUUCUCUAUUCAGAAUUUGAACCUCCGCACAGCAUCAUCAAGAAGAACAACAUGCCUAAGACCAAGAGUCGACCUCUUUCAUUGCAGACCGUGGAGCUAAAGGUGAGGAUGUGCUGCACAGGCUGCGAGAGAAUUGUCAAGAAUGCCAUACAAAAGCUUAGAGGGGUUGAUUCGGUGGAAGUGGAUGUGGAGAUGGAGAAGGUGACGGUGACCGGGUACGUGGAUCGAAACAAGGUGCUGAAGGCAGUGAGGAGGAGCGGGAAGAGGGCAGAGUUCUGGCCCUACCCGAAUCCGCCUUUGUACUUCACGUCCGCCACCAAUUACUUCAAGGACUUGAGCAAUGACUACAAAGAGAGCUACAACUACUGGAGGCAUGGCUACAACGUCGGUGAACGGCAUGGGAAUAUUCCGGUGUCUUACAGAGGCGAUGACAAGGUCAGCAACAUGUUCAACGAUGAUAACGUCAACGCCUGCUGUCUCAUGUAAUUUAUAUAUCUCAUUUUAAUGUUUUUAUGUAAAUAAAAU